AAGGCGGAAAUGGAGAAGCAAAUCCCAGGCCUCGCAAACCCUAGCCGCCGAGUUUUUCUAUUCAUUUCUGUUGUUGCUUCUUCACUCCAUCAAUCCACCCAUGGCCAAGAAGAGAAAGCACGAUUCUAAAUCUUCAGAGCCUACCGAGCCGCCUCAGAAGCAGCAGCAACACAACAAACAACAGGAAGAGGAGCAGGAACAACUCCAAAUCGAAGACCAAGAGAACAUCGAAGACGUCGAGGAAGAAGUCGAGGAAGUGGAAGAGGAAGAAGAUGAGGAGGACGAAGAAGGGGAAGGCGAAGACCAGGAUGCAGGUACUGUAAAUUCUGAAACGAAUCAGGCGGACGAUGAAGACGACGAACCUAUUGAGAAGCUCCUCGAACCCUUUGGAAAAGAUCAACUCACUGAUCUACUGCGUGAGGCAGCCCAUAAGCACCGCGAUGUAGCCGAUCUCAUCCGAAAACUAGCCGAUGAGGAUCCAGUGCAUCGCAAAAUAUUCGUGCACGGCCUCGGCUGGGACACCAAAGCCGAAACCCUUGUCGAUGCCUUCAAGCAGUACGGGGAGAUCGAGGAUUCCAAAGCUGUGACGGAUAAGAUCUCCGGUAAGUCCAAAGGAUACGGUUUCAUCCUUUUCAAGACUCGCACUGGCGCCCGCAGGGCCCUCAAGCAACCACAGAAGAAGAUCGGAAACCGGAUGACCGCCUGCCAACUAGCAUCCGUCGGACCCGUUCCAACUCCAACCGCACAGCCUUCUGCCCCUGCUCAGCCAGUCUCCGAAUAUACCCAGAGAAAAAUUUAUGUGAGUAAUGUUGGGGCCGAUCUUGAUCCUCAGAAGCUGCACUCUUUCUUCGCCAAGUACGGCGAUAUAGAAGAAGGGCCAUUGGGUCUUGAUAAGAUGACUGGUAAGCCUAAGGGGUUCUGUUUGUUCGUCUACAGGAAUGUUGAGAGUGCAAGGAAGGCUUUGGAUGAGCCACAUAAGAACUUCGAAGGUCAUAUAUUGCAUUGCCAGAAAGCGAUUGAUGGCCCUAAACCAGGAAAAUCCCAACACCAGCAUCAUCGGAACACCCAUAACUCACACUUUCAGAGGAAUGAUAGUGGCAGUUUUGCCGGUGGUGCUGCCACUGGUACAGGACACUUAAUGGCACCAUCAGGUCCUGGAAUUGGAGCCAAUGCCGCGCAGGCAUUGAAUCCGGCCCUUGGGCAGGCUCUGACGGCAUUGUUUGCUACUCAGGGUGCUGGAUUGGGGCUGAAUCCUGCACUAGGGCAAGCUUUGUUGGGGACACUGGGCUCUGCUGCUGCAGUCAAUCCAGGUGUACCAUCUGCAGGGGCUGGGAUCCAGGGUGGCUACGGCAGUCAGGCAAACAUUAGUCCAGGGGUAAUUGGUGGGUACGGGAGCCAAGGUGGCCUUCAGGCUGCGUAUCCCAAUCAGCAAAUGGGACAAGGCGGGGCUGGAAGGGGCCAGCAUGGUGUAGGACAGUACGGUGGUGUUGCCCCAUACAUGGGUCAUUAGCUCUUCUUCAGGUUGAGCAGCCUUAGCCAGGACAACCUCACUGGCAUGUGGUUUUUGUGAUUAAUUAAAAAAUGCUAAAAAACGGAACUGUUUGAUACAUAAGGAUUUUAGUCUCUGUAGCUACUGUUGUUGAUGCAACAUUUUCAAAUUUAUAAGUUACAUAGGAAACAGUUAUGAUGGUCGGUGACCUGGUCUUUAAUGGAUGGUUUUAUUGUUCUUUAAUAGGAUGGCUGAUGGUCAAUUUGAUAAUUUGAUCUACUUCAAAAGUUUGAUGUUUAUUAUUUGAAGAAAUUUUAAUCAAGCUCGAAUUUUGCGUUUUCCAAUUUUUCAAAAAUAAAAAGUUGGCAUUUUUUUGAAAUGCUGAAUUGAAAUAUUUUGAAUUGCAAUAAUGUGCGUUCCAUACUUCCAAUUUAUACCAAAUGAGGACUUCUUGGCAAAUAACUGUUAGAAAGAAACUGUAUUGACAUGUCCAUGAUUGUAUAAAACUCGAAAUCACCAAACUACUUUCAUGUGUUUAUGCAACUAUAGGAUCUUUUUUUUUUUUUGAAUUUUUUCCUUAAAUGUGUCGGUGAUUUUGGUAAAAGAUGAAAGUAAGAUUUAUGUAACUAUGGUUCUUCUGGCUAAUUCUUCAUUCUGUCAAUAGCUUAGCUUAAUUGAGUUGGUUUUUACCUUUUUUGGCAUUAUUGGUCUUUAAAGUUAGUUCGCUCUGUCGAUUUUCUUUCUCAAGAAAUCAGUAUCGAUUUGGUUGGCAAUCAGUUUUCUUUUGGUUAAUGAGAAUUAGUAGCUUUAACCAGAAGUGAUUUCUGAAAAAGGUUGCCCUUUUGAAGAGCAUAACAUAAAAUUUUAAUUUUUUUUUUGAGAACAAAAAGCUUUAACUGAAAACGAGUCUUGUAAAAUAUUAACAUUUUGACUAAAGCUAUUAUGUUCUUGGUAACAAUUAUUUUCCUUAUAGGUACAUACAAAUUCGGAAAAAAUUCCUGUUUUUUCUGGAGAAAAAUCAAAAAAACUAGUUUUUGGCAUUUGCUCAUUUAUACUCUGUCGAUGUUAAAUUAAGAACUCUACUAUUUUGCAAGUGGUAACGAAAGGCACAACUAAAAAUGCAUCUAACCAUUUUUAAAGUUGUGGUUGCUGUGGGUUGUGCACAAUUGAGUUUAUUGACGUUCAAUAUGUAUGAUGGCACUUGAUAUGCAACUGGACUUCACUUUUAGUGCUAGUUACAAACAAGACGCCUACUAUGACUGCUGUGCGUCAAUGGAUUACCAUUUGAUAUCCUCAGAGCAGCAGGUAAGAAUCAAGACCUAACUAAUGUUACCUUUUGCUUAUGAUAUUUGUGCUAUCUGUCAUAGUCUUGUGGGGUUAUUUCUUUUUCUUGGUCUUGGUUUUGACUUCUGGGUUUUGGGUAAGGCGAUUUCUAAUUUGAUUAUUAUCUCUCUCUUCAUACGUUCCUUUUUUAUAUUAGUUCUUUUCAAAUGGCGUGUAUUCGCAAAAUAUUUUACGACUAACUUAUGGGGUUGGCAAAAUUGUUUUGGACCAUAAUUUAAAUCGAUGUUAAUUAUAAGUAGGAUCACUUGCAUAAAUGGACCUGCCAGUCGUUCUUUUUUUUUUAGAGAAACUAUUAAUGUUCUAGAUGACAUUAUUUGUUUUAGCAUAUUACCUUUUCUAUGAUUGUUUCAUUUGUGGAACUGUUGUCUUCCCAUGGAAAUUCAUGUUCAUCCCUUGGACUUUGUCUGCUUGUACCUUUAAUUAUAUAAAGUUUGGGCUUUUAGAACAUUAAUAUUUGUUGAUUAGUAGCUUAUUUUUAAAAGGAAAAAAGAAUUUCUACUUAAUAAAGCAAAUAUAUGCUGUUUCAGCUAAGUAAUCAUGUGAGAUUUUGAAAGCAACUAUUUUUCUUUGCUGGGAAGCAAAAAGUUAUUAGUGAAUUUUUAUUAAUUUAGAUUGUACUUCAACAUGGGAUAGAUAUAAAUGUAUUUAUCAAUAUUUUAAAAAACUUUUUUUUAACCCUUAAUGCACCACAAGAAUACGAUUCUUUUCCCCCAAAAGUUUCAAAACCUUGUUACCAAUGGUAGACAUUACACGUGUUCAAACAUAUUUCACAUUGAAGCUUUUAUCCUCACAACUACAAGUAAGUCUUUGCCACCAAUUGGGGAUAUCUUCUUCUGCACUGUCAUUUUAGGAUUAGUUAGGUUUCAAGGUGUUAUUUUAUCUUUCUGUAAUGUUUUGUUCUGAAUAGUGGAUGCAUUCCGAUACCUAUUUAAAAAGCCAUUCAGCGUCGACAAGGUGAUAACGAUGUUGGUGAUAUUGAUCUAGGAGCAGAUAGUGAAUAAAUUGAACCAUCUUCUUUUACUUCUGAUGUAGUUUUUUGAUUAGACACAUUGUGGUGGAGAUUGGUGUGCCGAUUAUAUUGAUUUCAGAUUCUAGCUACUUUGAGCUGCUUACGUUGGCUGGUAUUUUUAGGGUUUUCUUUCAUAUUUUACAGCUUAAAACUCUCAUGAAGGGCCGCCUCUUGACUGGUUUAUUUUGAUGAAGAGUUAGCAAACGUUCUCUAUAGGCUCGUAUAAUUCACGAGUGUUUGUUUGAAUUGAAGUUGGGAUUUAGGGUAUGGAGCAAACUGAUUUGAUUUGUUAAAAUUUCUGGAAAGAAGUUUGUCUAUGAGCGUUAGGGUUGAUAAUUAGAUUUUGGAUUGGAUCCUUGAUUUGGUCAUGGAAAGCGAACAGAAGCCUCUUCAAACAGGUGGAACAGAAGCCUGAGGUGCAACAUGUUCGUCAUUGUAUCUUUUUGGUCAGAGGUUCUUAUAUUUGCUUUCCUGUUAAGAUUAACGGAGAGAAAAGUGAAAUAUUAUAUUGUCUCCUGUAACAAACAAGCAAAUUAUCAAGUGAUGGAUUUGUAAA